AUGACACGAGCUGAGAUGCUCUUCUCGGGGAGGCUGGAAGAUGCAAACCGAGAAUCUACAUCACAUCCAACUCUCACUUUCGAUGAGGUGCGAAAUAUCAUUUGGGAUCACCAUGGAGCGGCAUCGGAACCUCUGAAGGCUUUCGGGGAAGAGGACAACCAGACAAGGCAGCGGGACAUGACGAUGCUCAAAAGAGAAGGAUGA